AAGCAAGCCUAUGGCUCGGGGAGGGCAAGAAAACUACAACGCCCAUCAUGCCCCUCGCGGAUUGGCAGCCGGGCCCCAGCGCCCAUGCCGGGCCGGAGCCUGAGCAUGCGCGUUGGCCUGCCUGGGAGCCGCGCCGGACGCCGAGCCCCGGCCAUAAUAAACAAGAAGCGAGCCGGGGAGGGCGACUCCGCCGCAUCUGAGCCGGAGAUAGCGAAGCGGGCGGAGGCUGUGGGACUCGCUGCUGCUUCUUCCUCCUCCGGGGAAAGUUGUGGCUAGUGGCCCGGCGUGGGCGGAGACCGGGAAAGAAGCCGCGGGAGCGAAGCGGCAGCGCGGUCUGCUGCAGUGUCCUCCUCGGAAGCAGCAUUUUUUUUAUAAUCAUGGUCAGAUAAAGCCAGGAUUAUGAUGGCCAGCUGGAUUGUCAGGUUCUGAAGAAGAAUAAGAAUCUUCACAUAUAGGAUAUUUGAAUCUUCACAUAUAGGAAGGUCUCUGUUCCACCAUGUUAAAGAGGACUAAGGAUGCCUCCCUCCUCCUUCAUGUUCACCACCUGCCCUCUUGCUAGCAUCUGGAUCCAGAAUGAACAUAGCGGCUGUGUUUAAUGCCUUGCUAGUGUCUGUCCUUGCAGCCGUGCUGUGGAAAUAUAUCAAGCUGCGUGACCACGUCUUUGUUCUGGAGGAGGAGCUGGUUCUCACUCGCCAGUCCCAGGAACUCUCUCAAGUCCGUAUUGACUACCAUGCUGCUCUUCAAGCCCUGGUGGAAGAUGGCACCAGGAUGGUGUGUACUGGCAGGAUGCACACAGACCGUAUCUGCCACUUCGAGUCCCUCUGUUAUUCCACCGAGGCGGAAGAGUUUGUCUUCUUCCACAGCAACUCCUCCAUCAUGCUUCCUAACCUGGGCUCCCGAAGAUUUCAACCUGCUCUGCUUGAUCUCUCCUCGGUGGAAGACCACAACACACAAUAUUUCAACUUCGUUGAACUGCCGGCUGCUGCACUAAAGUUCAUGCCAAAGCCUGUUUUUGUCCCAGAUGUGGCCCUGAUUGUGAAUAGGUUCAACCCAGACAACUUGAUGCAUGUCUUUCAUGAUGACCUCCUUCCAAUCUUCUAUACCAUGCAGCAGUUUCCGGAUUUGGACCUGGAAGCCAGGCUUUUUUUCAUGGAGGGUUGGGGUGAAGGUCUUCACUUUGAGUUGUAUAGGCUGCUGAGCAACAAGCAACCCCUCCUGCGAGAACAGCUAAAGACUCUUGGGCGUCUCCUUUGCUUUACCAAAUCGUAUGUGGGCUUGUCAAAGAUCACCACAUGGUAUCAGUAUGGCUUUGUCCAACCCCAGGGCCCAAAAGCCAACAUCCUGGUCUCUGGCAAUGAGAUCCGACAGUUCACUAAGUUCAUGAUGGAGAAGCUGAAUGUGAGCUUGGAAGGAAUGCCUGGUGAAGAAUAUAUUAUCGUAUUCAGCCGCACUAUAAAUAGACUCAUCCUAAAUGAGGCAGAACUACUCUUGGCACUUGCUCAAGAAUUUCAGAUGAAAACCAUCACAGUUUCCAUUGAAGACCAUACAUUUUCCGAUAUUGUCCGCUUGAUUAGCAAUGCAUCCAUGUUAGUCAGCAUGCAUGGAGCCCAGCUGAUAAUGUCUCUCUUCCUGCCAAGGGGAGCCACAGUUGUGGAACUCUUCCCUUAUGCCAUCAACCCUGAACAUUACACACCUUACAAAACACUGUCUAUUCUUCCUGGCAUGGAUCUUCAGUAUAUUGCCUGGCAGAACAUGGAAAAGGAGAACACCGUGACAUUCCCAGACCGGCCCUGGGAUCAAGGAGGAAUUGCCCACUUAGACAAGGCUGAACAAGACCGGAUCAUAAGAAGCAGUGAAGUUCCUCGACACCUCUGUUGUCGUAACCCGGAGUGGCUUUUCCGUGUCUACCAGGACACAAGAAUUAACAUUGCUUCCCUUAUCCAGACUAUUAGGCAAACGGUAAAAACUAAGCCUGGGCCUAAGAGGCAAAAGUGGGCCAGUGGUCUCUACCCUGGGAAGGUCAGGGAGGCCAAAUGCCAAGCCUCUGUCCAGGGCACCAGUGAAGCAAAACUCUCUGUGUCUUGGCAGAUUCCUUGGAAUUUGAAAUACCUAAAGGUCCGAGAAGUGAAAUACGAAGUUUGGAUACAAGAACAAGGGGAAAACACGUACAUGCCUUACAUCUUGUCCCAUCAGAACCAUACGUUUUCAGACAACAUCAAGCCAUUCACGAACUACCUGGUCUGGAUUCGGUGCAUUUUCAACAAAAAUCUCCUUGGGCCCUUUGCGGAUGUGCUCUUAUGCAGUACAUAACUGCUGCCGAGUUUCAGACAUUAUGUUGUGGCAAGGGGCUUUGCAUAAGGUGAGCUUAGUACCAUUUUCCCAUCAUUUGUAGAGGACUGACAAAGACUUUCAGUCCAUGUUAGUGCCUGAGUCUUCAUUUUCUUACAUUUGGUGUGUCUUUUCUUCUGCGUGUGACAUUAUUUCUGGUCAGGUUUGUAAAAACGCUCUUGGCCCUCAAAAAAAAGUCUGCAGGCAUGAGGUUACAAAUUGAAAUGAAAAUGGAAAGUAACUGUUGUACUUUGAUAGUAAUAUGAGUCUCAUUUUUUCCUGUUCUUGUUCUCUCCUUCCCUUUUCUCUCUAUCUCUCAUGGUGAGCACUUUAAGCUCAACUUUAUGCUAGAAUUUGUUUAUGUGACUGGAUAAGCAAAUAAUUUUUGGAUUCUCCAGUCUUUAAUUUAAUUCAAUUUUUAAAUUUUAUUUUUGAUUCCUCAAAACAUUGGCACCGUAGAUCAAAACAUUUGGUAGCCGAAUAUUCAUUAAAUUGUUGGAAAUCUAUCAAGGCACUUUCUCUUCUUUUUGCUAUUUAUUCUUAAAAGGGAACAUCUAUUCAUAGAGAAAUUACUAUUUUACGGUGAAUGCUGUGGUAUGCAUGCUUCCUUUCAAUAAAAAAGUCCUGUUGAUUUUUUAAUAUA